AUCCCCUUCAGUUCCUCCUUCGCGGCCACCGCCGUCGCCUCCCAUUCCCUCAGUUCUAAUCACUACUCAGCUAAACCCAUCCUCUCUGUCUAAAUAAUUUUACCCAACCCAGAAUCCAUAUCGAGCUGAUAUCUUCGUCGGCAAGUGAUCGGAGUAAAAUGAGGAAGAAGCAAAAGCAGAAGAUAGUGUUGCCGCCUGAGCUUCCGCCGGAAGUGCCCGACGAUGAAAUUCAAGUCUCUGACGAGGACUUGCAGUUCGUCGACCAGAAUCGAGACUAUGCCGGAUUUGUAUCCAAUUUGGACACUAAAUCCAUUACCAAGCAUGUUACUCGUGUUGCGGAUGUGAAGGAUGAUGCUUUAGAGUCUAUGUACGAGAGACGUUUAAGGAAGAAAUCAGCUGAUAAAGACAAGGAAGAAGAUGAGGUUGAGGUCGAUCCUGUUGAUGCACUUCCAGUGAAGACUUUGGAUGGAAAACUUUAUUACCGAACUGUGCCAAGCGCAGCUAAAAAAUCUGAGACUGAAGCUACUGCUGCCAGUGAAGACAAUGGGACAGCAACACCCAUGGUCAAGUUGACAAAAGCAGAAAAGAGGGCAAAACAGAAAAAGUUGCGGAAAGAAGCCAAGAAACAAGUUAAAGAGACAGCUCAAUCAGAUGAGGUGCGGCAAGCACCUCAGUCAGAAGUGUUGGAUGAGGUGAAAAAGGAGCUCACUGCUGAAGAAGCCAAUGACAAGAAGAAAUAUAGACUUGCUGAGCUGGGAACUGCACUACUCGUGGAUCCAGAAUCUAACAUCAAAUCUCUUAGGGAGAUGCUGCAGAUUGCAAAAGAUGGAGAACACUCUAUAGUGAUACUGGGGCUAAAAUCUUUGUUGGCUGUUUUCAAAGACAUUCUUCCUGGCUAUCGUAUCCGACUGCCCACAGAAAAGGAACAGCAAAUGCUGGUUUCUAAAGCUGUUAAAAAAACUCGCUUGUACGAGUCAACCCUCUUAACUGCCUACAAGGCAUUUGUGCAGAAAUUGAUAACACUUGAGGAGCAGGCUGUGUAUAAGUGUGUGGCGAUGCGUUGUAUAUGCACUCUGCUUGAGGCAGUUCCACAUUUUAACUUCCGAGAGAAUUUGUUAGUGGCUAUUGUAAAAGGCAUAAGCUCCCAGGAUGAUGUUGUAAGGAAACUCUGCUGUGCUACAGUUAAAUCACUUUUUGAACAUGAGGGAAAACAUGGGGGUGAGGCUACGGUCGAGGCUGUUAAAAUGAUUGCUGAACUUGUGAAAGUUCACAACUGCCAGUUGCAUCCUGAUUCUAUUGAAGUUUUUAUGUCUUUAUCAUUUGAUGAGGAUCUCAGGAAACCUGAAAGUUCUGAGGUGGAUAACAAAACCAAAAUGAAGAACUCUAAAAAGAAAAGGAAGCUUGUGGAGCCAAACAAAUUGCCAGCUAGUGAGAACAAGAGAAGUAGGCGAGAAAUCAUAUCAAAGACACGAGAGGAGGUGAAAGCAGACUAUAAGGCUGCAUCAUUUGCCCAAGAUGUUGCAGAGCGGAGAAGGAUGCAGUCUGAUACUCUGUCAGCUGUAUUUCAAACAUUCUUUCGCAUUUUAAAGCAUGCUAUGCAAUCAUUACUGAGUUCAAUGGGGGAAUCUUUCAGUCUUCCGCUGCUUGCUCCAUGUUUGAAUGGAAUUGGGAAAUUUUCACAUUUAAUUGACCUAGACUUCAUGGCUGAUCUGAUGAAUUAUCUGAGAAAACUUGCUGGAGCUGGUUCCCAAAAAAAUGAUUCACAUCAUUUAACUGUAUCCGAAAGACUGCAAUGCUGCAUUGUUGCAUUCAAAGUAAUGAAAAACAAUUUGGAGGCCCUCAAUGUUGACUUGCAGGAGUUUUUUGUCCAACUUUAUGGUCUGAUACUUGAGUAUAGACCAGGAAGGGAUAAAGGUGAAGUGCUGGCUGAAGCUCUAAAAAUAAUGCUGUGUGAUGAUAGACAACAUGAUACGCAAAGAGCUGCAGCUUUUGUAAAACGUCUAGCCACGUUCUCUUUAAGCUUUGGUUCUGCUGAGUCCAUGGCUGCCUUAGUUACUUUGAGGCAUCUUCUGCACAAGAAUGCCAAAUGCCGGAAUUUGCUAGAAAAUGAUGCCGGUGGUGGAUCUGUUUCAGGUGGCAUUGCGAAAUACAAUCCUUAUGCUACGGACCCAGGCCUAAGCGGUGCACUUGCUUCAGUCCUUUGGGAGCUCAACCUUCUGACUAAACAUUACCAUCCAGCUGUUUCUACAGUGGCUUCAAGCAUUUCAACUAUGAAUACUGUGAGCAACCAGGUUUCUCAUUCCAAUAUAUCUCCUCAACAAGCUUUUGUUCAGCUGUCUCAUGAACAUGAAUCUUUCAUCCCAGCAAGCAACACUAAAAAAACAAGUAACAAGAGAAAAAAGGGAUGCAGUUUGUCCUUCCCAAUUAGCAGUGCAUCAAAAGAUGAGUUGAUGACUUUAGCUGAUGAAAAUGCUGUUAGAAAUAAACUCUCUGAGCAUUUCUUGAUACUGGAUAACAUUGUAGAAAACGAGAGAUUGAGGACUGAGUUGUAUUGCACAAAUAUGUCUCUGAAAUUAUGUGAACAGUACAGAAAGCAGAAAAGGAGAAUCAGAUAAGUUGUAAAGGAUUAGCCUUGUAAGUUGUUUGCCUACUUUUGGGCCUUUCGAGACCUGGUGUUGGGUGUAUAAGUUGUCCUAUUCUUGAAUCAAUGACGGAUGAGUUUUUUUAUA